GGCCUCAAAUGUCACAUCGGCCUUGACCGAGUCGAAGACACUGCAGCGGUCGCAGAGGAAGUGAUUUAUAGGUUCUUUAAAGUGUCAGGGGUGGAAAGAAAAAACUCCCUGCCUCCUCCCCUCUGCUAGCCCAUCUUUCCUGUGGAGGAAGAGGGGCAGUCGGUGCAUGCUGCAGUGGAGGAGAGGUGGUUCACACCAGUGCACGAGCUCUCAAAGCUCACAAAUCUCAUCUAUUUCUCAUCUAUUCAAACUAAGAGGACUUCAUCCGGAGCGCAUCUGUGGAGGCUGUUUGGAUAUUUGAGCAGCGGUCAGACGGUAAAAGUCUGCAGACAUGUCGCCUUUCCUGCGGAUCGGAUUUUCCCACUUUGAGAUUGAUCCGGGUCUGGCUUAUCAUGAGGAGGUGCUGAACCCAUACUGUGCUGUUUAUAUGAAGGAGGCCGUUGACACAGAGAAGGGUCAAGUGUACAAGCAGAAGAAGCCCACCAUGUAUCCGCCCUGGAGCACCACAUUCGAUGCCCACGUCCACCGCGGGCGCAUCAUGCAUGUGAUGGUAAAAGACCGGACAGCCGAGCUCAAGUCUGAGGCCACGGUAGCUCUGGACUCGCUGGCAACACGGUGCAAAAAGGAGAACGGCAAGCUGGAGAUUUGGUUGGAGCUGAAGCCGCAGGGACGCAUGCUCAUGGAGGCUAGAUAUUAUCUGGAGAAAAGUGAUGCUGUGGGUCACACAGACGGAGACCCGGAGUCCGAGCGUGAGAGAGAGGGUCUGUUCACCCUCCACCAGCGACGCGGCGCCAUAAAGCAGGCCAAAGUUCACGUGGUCAAGUGUCAUGAGUUCAGCGCGACGUUCUUUCCUCAGCCAACCUUCUGCUCUGUAUGCAAAGAGUUUGUUUGGGGUCUUAACAAGCAGGGUUACCAGUGCAGACAGUGUAAUGCAGCAAUCCACAAAAAAUGCAUAGACAAAGUUAUCGCCAAAUGCACUGGUUCAGCCAUAAACAGCAAGGAAACAAUGAUCCACAAGGAGCGCUUCAAGAUCGACAUGCCUCACAGGUUUAAAGUCUACAACUACAAAAGUCCCACCUUCUGCGAGCACUGCGGGACUCUGCUGUGGGGGCUCGCCAAGCAGGGGCUCAAAUGUGAGGAAUGCAGCAUGAACGUCCACCAUAAAUGCCAAAAGAAAGUGGCUAACCUCUGCGGGGUCAACCAGAAACUGAUGGCUGAAGCUCUGGCAGUCAUCGAGAGCAAGCAGCAGGCGAGAAGUACCAGAGACAGUGACAUUAUUGGUCGGGAAGGUCCAGUAAGUGUUGCCCAGCCGGGAGUGGUGCGAGCACCAUCCGGGCUAGUUAUGGGUUUACCAGCCACAGCUACACCUGCAAGCAAAGCAGAUUAUCAGGGUGUUUCAUGGGAGGGACCAGGAGAUGUCAGCAGGUCGGUCAGCGAGGUGCUUCCAGAAGAGCCUCUGUACGCUGUCCCGAGGAAAGAUCACCAACCCAAAUUUACCAUCGACGACUUCACCCUGCACAAGAUGCUCGGGAAAGGCAGCUUUGGCAAGGUGUUUCUAGCAGAGCUGAAAAGGAGCGGUGAAUUUUUUGCAGUAAAAGCUCUGAAGAAAGACGUGGUGCUGAUGGAUGAUGAUGUUGAGUGCACCAUGGUAGAGAGGAGGGUUUUGUCUCUAGCCUGGGAAAAUCCCUUCCUUACACAUCUUUACUGCACCUUCCAAACUAAGGAAAACCUGUUCUUCGUCAUGGAGUAUCUGAAUGGAGGGGAUCUUAUGUUCCACAUCCAAAACUGCCACAAGUUUGACUUGCACAGAGCCACCUUCUAUGCAGCUGAGAUCAUCUGUGGGCUCCAGUUUCUGCACUCUAAAGGAAUUAUUUACAGAGAUCUGAAACUGGACAACGUGCUGCUGGACUUAGAUGGUCAUAUAAAGAUAGCAGACUUUGGCAUGUGUAAGGAGAACAUGCAGGAUGACGUACGGACCUCUACCUUCUGCGGGACCCCAGACUACAUCGCCCCAGAGAUCCUGCUGGGUCAGAAGUACAACAGCUCUGUGGAUUGGUGGUCAUUCGGAGUGCUGCUGUACGAGAUGCUGAUCGGUCAGUCUCCGUUCCACGGCCGCGAUGAAGAGGAGCUGUUUCAGUCCAUACGGACAGACACCCCCAUUUAUCCCAACUGGCUCAGCAAAGCUGCAAAGGACAUACUCAUCAAGCUGUUUGUGAGGGAACCUGAGGAGCGGCUGGGAACCAAAGGCAACAUCAGACAUCACAGUUUCUUCAGCAGCACAGACUGGAACGCCUUAGAGCAACGGCAGGUGCCGGCACCCUUCACACCAACUAUAACCUCACCCAGCGACUGCAGUAAUUUCGACAAAGAGUUUAUCAACGAGAAGCCCAGACUAUCGUGUGCCGACCGCACGCUUAUCAACAGCGUAGACCAGACGAUGUUCAGAAACUUCUCCUUCGUUAAUCCUGGCAUGGUUCGGAUCGCAGCACGCUGACCACCGGACAAAAAAUGGCUACAAUCUACAAACAGGCUGCUCAGUCACAACCAGCAGUGACUGUAACUGGAACCUACUGUAGAACCCGAAUGUGGCAAAACUCACAUACAUGAUGAUGCUAACCACUAAAGGGGUAUAAACCGAUACAACCAAACUGUGACCGGAUCUUUAACUUUCAAACAAAUACCUUUAAAAUGUACCUGUAGUCAACUUUGAUACUUUAGAGUUUAGUUGACUAAAGGCAUACAUUUUCUUACAGUGUUAUUCUAACAGCAUGUAGUUGGUUUGGUUUUAUUCUGUCAUAAAACUAUUCACACAUUGCACACUUGUGCAAAUAUGUGCAAAUAUUCAAAAAAAAAAAAAAGAAAGAAAGAGAGAAAGUGUACAUCUUCCAUGUCUCGAGGCAUGUACUGUGAAGCUAGAUUUGGGACUUAGCGAGGUAACUUCAGGCUUAAGUCUAGUUUAUAUGGAGUCAGGAAGCCAUUUCUCAUCUUACCAAAGCCAGAUGGUACAAACCUAACCUGCUCCGGAGCAUGUUACAUUUGGGACUCAUCACUUCCUGAAAAAAAGCACCACUAUUUCUGGAAGAGCCCUCGUACUAAUUAUUUUUACUCAUAUUUCUUGUCUUUCCACGACGAGCAUCAAUAAGAAAACCAGAUCUUGAGGAACAAUUUCAUUCCUGCUUUUUUCUGCAAGCAAUAGCGCACUAAAUCCCUGUACUUAACGGCAGCUAAAGCUCGCUGAGGGAAAAAUAUGUAAUCUCCAACCAACUGGGGAGGGGCUGCUUUGUGAAUUUGGUUGCAAAGGUGUUGGAUCAGAAAUCUCCCUCUCGUUCUUUGUUCAUCCGUAGUUUGCACUGAAGAUGCUAACUUGUCUCCAAAUGCUCAAUGAGUGACAUUGCACCUUAAACGUGUAAUUUUUACUUUGAAGCAGAACUGUUUAUAUCACCCUUUUCAGAGAGUUUGUAGGCAAGUUGGUGUCCUUUAUGCUAACUGGCAACAGUAAUUACAAGGUUUUUAGUGCAACACCCUGUACCUCAUUGCAACCACUUUCACCAGCCAGCAACUUCCAGCAAACCAUCGCCAACUGGUCAGGGAAUACAUUUUUACCGAGUGACCUGUGGUUGCCGUGGGUGAUGCUGACUGACCUCUAAGCCUGCCGGACUGAGGCCUAAUUAAUUCAGUCCGUUGGCCAGUAAACUGGGUUUAUUAACCUUCAAGUGAUUGUAAAGUCCAGCCGGAUAUUUAUGUGCCAUUGAGAUUUUUUUAAAUCUAAAAAAUGUGUCCUACCGUGAAUCAUCUUCUCCUACAAUUUUUCAUAUUUGUUUUUUUUUCCCCAACCUGAAAUGGUAAGGAUGAAAGUUGUAUGGAAAUAUGUUUUGUUUAAAAAAACAAAACAAAAACAUUAUAGGCUUAAUUUUAUUGUAAUUUUCAACUUUUAAUUACUGCACGGUGAUGUUUUGCCAACAGACCUAGAGCAGCAAGAUUAACAUCUUUUUGCACACAAAUUAUUUCAUAAUUAAUUACAUUGGAACAUUUUAAUACAUCUAUUGUUGGUAACGGAAACAGGGUAAAUAGUAAUAAGUAGAGCCUUUAACUCUCCAGACUUUUCUAACAGUAUAUUUUAUUCUUCCUUAAUAAAUGGAAGAGUAAAAAAAUAAAUAAAUGGAGUUUUGCUGCUGGUAUAAUGAUCUUUUCAACUUUUUCAAAGUGGUAGAUCUGUCCACAUGUGUCAUUGGUCAUAUGCUGUCCUGUGAAGAUGCUAAUAGCUACCUUGGGAAACCCUGAGUGGGCUUAUCCAGUUUAUAAUUACCUUCGAUUGCAGUGUUAUUGUAAAUGAAGACAGAUACGGUAAGCUGAAGUUAUUCGGUAGUACAGGCCUCCUACUUAAUGGGCUGUGUGUUUAAAUAGAAAAUGUGCUUGUAGUGAUUUUAUGGUGCCUCAGAAUAGUUUAAUGAAGUUAACGUCUUCAAGUAAAGUAAACUGAGAAAGUCGCUUUAACCAAAUGGAAACUUAGUUUUCUUGUCCUGUUCCUUUUUAUUUUUUAUUUUAUUGUCUUUUUUUUUCUUAUGUAAAUAAAUUAUAUAGUCCAUCUGAUAUGCUGUGUUGUUACUUGGUUGUAGAUCUGUUAAUGUACUGAGGUUUAAUAACUGGGUUAUUGUUUACAUGUGUUUUCCUGUUGUAUCUCAGGAGUUUUGUUUUAAUGAUGAGCUACUCCCUGCAUACUGUAGUUUUGAUGUUCUCCUCAUUGUGAAUUCUGUUCAUUAAAGUGUGCACAUUG